AUGAAUAUCCCCGGUCUACAUGGCUACACAGCGAUUUUUGAAACCGACGAAAAUGGAAAUUUCCAUUCCACCAACGGAUCCGUACCUGGCUGGCUUAGGGACAUGAUAGAACGAGCUUACGCAAACAGUGGGUUGAGAAUGCACCGCAAGGUAGCUUCCCAUGAAGCCAUAGCAUCUUUGGAAGAGGUCCCUGUCGAGCUUCUAAAAGAGCUGACUUGUCCUAUUUGCUACGAAAAGUACGAGGUGGAGCAGAACAAGAAGCAGAAGAUGGAUACGUCUAUCAAGGAAGAUCCACAGGUUUCCGCUUUCGAAAACGCUGAUGUGGAACCUACGCUGAGCAGGUUGAAGUUCAGAGAUCCUUCUAUAUUUAUGGCAGCCGACGCCGGUGCAAUCAACUCAUUCAGAUUUCCACAGUACAACCUAGCCUCCCAAAAGCAGGUAUCCAACGAGGAAAUGUUCCCAGCAUUGAAUGACUUUAAGAAGCCAGAGGCUAAGGAGGUCCGCCACAUUGCCAUGAAGAUGCCAAAUUGUCACCACGUUUUUGGCAAGCUGUGCAUUAUAGAGUGGCUCAAGGGCAAUGUGAGCUGCCCUCUUUGUCGAAAGGAAGUGGAGAGCGUCAGAGACAGUGAUCCUAUGGCGAAGAAGAUGGAGGUGCUUCAGCAGAAUUGUAAUUUCAUCUUUGCUGCUGACCAGGAUGUUGUGCUCAAGCACCUACUUCGUCGUCUGACCAAUGUGUUUGAGCCAUACAGAAAACCAUAUAACCCAGCUGUGACGCCGCUCACAGAUACGAGUGUUCUGCAGCAUUGGGCUACUCCAAGUCUACCUGACGGUUUUGUGCCAGAUGCAACGGAGAAACCAGAUCCCCAGCUCAUCAUGGCUAGAAAGUUCCCUCUACUGACAUUUCAGUCAACUCCGAGAACUUCGCUAUUUGGUGGUCGGGAUAGGGACUAG